GGAGCCCGCCUCCCCCGCACGAACCGGGCGCGACGUAGCGCCGCGACUCCGGCGCGGCAGCAGCGGGCGCAACGCCGCGCCGCGGCCGCUGCACCAGCGCGCGCGUGCGCAGCGCGCCUCCUCUCCCAUUGGCCGCGCGUCACGUGCGUUUGACGUACGGCGCCGCGCUCGCUCCCAUUGGUCGCGCCGGGCGCGCGGGGGGCGGCUUGGCGCUGCGCCCGAAGCAUGGCCGCGCGGUCGACGCCGUGCGCCAGCGGAGUGCCGGGAUGCAACGGGAGCAGCACGAUCCGCGCGAGCUGGAGCUCGCCGCGGCCGCGGCCGCCGCCGCCGCCGGCGGAGAGUGGGCGUCGCGCUGGAGUCUCGAACCGCCGCAGUGUCCGCCGCCGCAGAGGGGUAACCCCGUGAACGUGGUCGGUGGGGUGGUUCCCCCGCCGCCGCCCGAGAGUCCGACGCAACAGCAGGUGGCCGCGUUAGCGGCGGGCAAGAGGAGCGCGGAGCAGCGCAUCCGCAGGCCCAUGAACGCCUUCAUGGUGUGGGCCAAAGGAGAGCGCAAGCGGCUCGCCGACGAGAACCCGGACCUACACAACGCCGACCUGAGCAAGAUGCUCGGCAAGAAGUGGCGCAGCCUGACGCUCCCGGAGCGGCGGCCAUUCGUCGAGGAGGCCGAGCGGCUGCGGUUACAGCACAUGCAGGACUACCCCAACUACAAGUACCGGCCGCGGAGACGCAAGCACGCCAAGCGCGGGUCCCGCCGGGGUAGCCCCUCGCAGCCCGGCAGCCCCGACGAGGGCGGCGGCAACGGCGGCGGCCUCCAGACGCCUCCGGACUCCAGCCCGGCCAGGGGCAGCCCCCCGGACUGCAGCAGCCGGCUCAUGGCCGAGAUGCCGUACGAGACGCCCGUGCCGCCGACGCCCGAGCUCUCUCCCAUGGAACCCGAAGACUGCUGCGGUCCCAUAGACGACGGCACGGGCAGCCACCUGUCGCAGCUGAUGUGCAAGUUCAACGACAAGUCCAUGUUCCUCAAGAACGUCCGGCCGCCGUACCGGACCCACACCCAGAGGGGCCUCGGUCCCCCGGGGCUGACGCAGCAGCACAUCUGCACGACGGCCAACACGACCAUGACGACGAGCGGCUACUCGUUCCAGAGGACGCCGCCGGCGUCCUACUACUCCCCCAUCUACGCGGCUACCUCCCCGUACGGUCCACCUCAGGGCGACAUACCCCAGGACUCCUACUACGGGGCGACGGAGCACAUGUACGCGCCGCAGCCGCCGCAGGAGACGUUCCUGGAGCACAGCGACCUGGUCCAGUUCCUGGACGCCGCCACGGCCGCGUCGCCCGUCUGCACGUCGGCGGGCGGCUACGCGCCGCUGCCGCCGCUCGGCGCGGGCGACCACGCCACGUACGAGACGCUCGGCUCGGAGCCGCCGCCGUGCGGCAUCGAGUACGCGACGAUGCCGCCCCAGCCGCAUCACCCGUACGGCCUCUACCAGACGCACCACCACCACAGUCAUCACCAGGGCGACCUGCACCACCAAGAACCCGGCGCGGGCAUCAUCGCGGCGCUGGCCGAGACGCGACACAUCAUGUCGUGAUGGUGACAGUAAAUUUUGUUUGUUUGUUGUUGCGCGGGAAGACGGCGUGCCUUCUGCUCUCGGUGUGUUUCUCGGCCGGCCGUGUGGUUGAACCGCCGUCGAUUCCGUUUCCUCGGCGUCUCCUUCCUCCCCGGAGGGCCAGCCAUCGCUCGUGGGUGCGUGCGUGUUUCCGAAGCAUGUUCGUGUGCGUGUGUGUGUCUGUGUGAUUCGAGAACGCGCACUGGUACUA